AUGACAUCUGAUUUUUAUCGACGAGUUCCAUCCUCGAAGAAGACACCACCAUCGAGUGCGCAGUACUUGGGACAAAUACCCCGUUCUCCAGGGUUUCCGCUUUGUCCUGGUGGUCCCUUUGGUCCGGGUGUUCCUGGUCCUCCUGGGUUUCCGGGUCCUCCUGGGUUUCCGUCGCGUCCAGGAUCUCCGGGCUGUCCAGGGGCUCCUGGUGGUCCAGGUGGUCCAGCUGGGCAAGGGUUGCAUGGAGCAGGAGCUCCGGGGUUUCCUGGUCGUCCAGGGUUUCCUGGCUGUCCAGCUGGACCGGCACCUCCACCAGAGCAGCAAGCGGUACAGUCGUUUCCGCCGGUGUUACCGCCGCCGGUGUUUCCAGUGUUGCCACCUCCUAUCACACCACUAUCGCCAGAAUCGUAUCCAGCCUGA